GUACUCACUCGAGUGCCCACGUGUUUGGUAGCCUAAACUGCGCAUGCGUCAAAGCUACCACGCUGCACGACGCGUAAUGCUCAUUGCUAUUUGAUGGAAAGAGACGGUCCUGCUCUGGCAGGGGGACCUCGUCAACCGAUCCUUUACAUCUCCUACAGCGACGACUCGGACGUUCACGUAAAACAAGUCGCCAAUUUUGCCGAUUGGCUAUCCAGGAACGGUUGCGACGUCAGACUCCGUCUUCGUCGUCAGCAACCGAUGUUGGAACAAGGACUGGAAACUUGGACGGAGACCGAAGUUCUAGCAGCAGACUUUGUGGUGCUCGUUUGCACAAAAUUUUACAGACAAGAUGCGGAUCGUGCUGAUGGCGGUCAAGUGAAACACGAAGUAGACUUGGUAAAGCAGCGACUGGGAGGGAAUAGAAUCUAUAAGCCAUUUCUUCCAGUUUUGUUUCCUGAGUCUACAGCAGAUGAUGUCCCGCGUUGUGUUUUUCAAUCUGCGCAUUAUCAAUACUCCGAGGGCUUGGAGCCCGAUAAUCUUCUGUUUCAUGUGUAUGGAAAGGAGAAGUUAGAGUUGAGACAAGGUGGUGCACCAGAGCUAAAACCGAUGAUUGUCGGUGACAACAGUAGUUAUGGUGUGACAAGUCAUGGACAAGAUGCAGCAAGGGAGGACUUGUCACAUGACCACGUGGUUACUUGUGAUGAGAUCCGGCAGGUGUAUAAGAAGGUAUCUCAUAAGUGGAAGUCGGUGGCUCGAGAACUGGGUCCUGCUCCUUUGUUCGACUGGCAAAUUGACCAAAUUCAGAGUAGAGAAAGGGACGACGAUGCAAGAUGUUACGAAAUGCUAAGAGUCUGGGUUGAAAAUAACAAGUUGGGUGGUGGAGCUAAGGUGUUUGAACUUAUUCGGGUUCUCACUGAGCCUGACAUUGGUUUAGUGGAUGCUGCCAUGGCAGCAUUUAGUCCCAACUUAGUUACACAAUGUCAACGUCAUUUUAGUUCUGGUAGGUAAGUUACUACUACUAACAGAGUGUUACUUGCAUUGUUUUAUCAAUGUUUCUACAUAAUUUUUACAUGAUGACUGAUCAAUUUCACUACUAGUUUUUACAUAUAGUAGUAGUACUAUAUGCAGCAAAAGAAAUUAAUUUAAUUAAUUAAACCA